AGACACCACCCCAUCCCAAGUCUCGGCUACUCUAUACUACAUAUAUAUCUCAAAUAGUUCCCACAUCAAAAUCCAUAUUCCUCACGCCUCUCUCUCUAUUCAUCUCACUUUCUCUUUUUAUACAUUCAUUCUCACUGCCCCCACACACACAGUUUUCACACGUUCAUAAACACACACACACACACAUGUCCUUAACUCAUUUCUCUUCUAACCUACCAGAAACUCUCUGGUGGACACAAACACAAAACCAUCACAAUCCAUAUCCUAUUAUGGAUUCUCAUUACCACCAUAAUCAACCACCAUCUUCCACCUAUAAUUUCACCAAACAGGAAUCCGACCAAGAUUCCACCACUACCACCACCGACCACAUGUCUAAAGAACCAAUGUUUGAAAAACCAUUAACUCCAAGUGAUGUUGGGAAACUAAACCGCCUAGUCAUUCCCAAACAACACGCGGAAAAGUACUUUCCGCUGGGCGGGUGUUCUGACAGAGGGGUCUGUUCGUCUACAGACCCCUCUCUGACACCCGCUGAACAACAACAGAAAGGCCUGUUGUUGUGUUUUGAAGACGAGAGCGGAAAGCCGUGGCGUUUCCGCUACUCGUACUGGAAUAGUAGUCAAAGCUAUGUGUUGACUAAAGGAUGGAGUCGGUAUGUUAAGGAAAAACGUUUAGAUGCGGGCGACGUCGUUUUGUUUGAGAAACAUAGGUUUGAUGGUGACAGAUUUUUUAUUGGUUGGAGACGUAGGCAAGUGGUGCAAGAUAGUCUAGCGGCGAUGGCUCCGCCGGUAGGUGUCGGUGGUGCGCAGGUUAGUAAUGGGUGGACCACUACUAGAGGAUUUUAUGAUGCGCAUGUUAAUAGUUAUCCUUCACACCACCUACCUCCAUCUCUUCAUCAUCAUCAUCAUCAUCCAUAUCAACCUGACUGUCUUCAUGCAGGAGGAAUAAAUGAUAACCAAAGAGGAGAUAUGGUGGCUACAAGUGGGAACCCAAGGAGGGUGAGACUGUUUGGUGUGAACCUUGAAUGCCCAGAUGAUUCUGAGCCAUCCACCCCAGAUGGUUCGAGCCAGGGAAGUGGUCUUGGUCUACCCCACUACCAAUAUUUCUCUAAUUCCAACAACAUGGACAUCAAUUUCAGCCAGAUGAGGUACCACCAACAUCAAGGAUAAGAUCUGAGGAAUGUGACAUGUGUUGGAUUUCUCAAUUUUGUCAACAAAAUACACCAUUGGAUGCAUUUUGGCUGCCCAACAAUUUGGAAGAAUAACAAUUAACCCCCUCUUCAAAAAAAAAAAAAAACAAAAAAUAGUACAUAAAGCCAUGAGGAAAAAAAAAAAAGAGGCUCAAAUGUUGGAUAUGAUCAAAUGUCACAAGCCCUGAAGCCCACAUCAUUUCUGAAUUGAAUGUUUUUCGUUAGUAAAGUAAUUGGAAAAAUGGAAAAAACAAAGGAAAAUGAUUUGGGGUAGAAAUAGAAAAAGAAGGGACCCAUUUUAGGUAUUUGGGCAACUGUUGUGAUUCUGUAUGAUAGAUUUUUGAGGUUUAGUAUUAGUGGUACUAUAUGAUGGUGGGAUGAUAGUACCAUUCUGCCUUAUUCUGCUGUUGCCAGUGUGGAUGAAACCAAUGCUAGCUAGCAACUACUCACUACAUUUCCUUUAAUUUCUCUACAUUUUUAUAUAUGUACUUAAUUCAAGUUUUAUUAUCUUA